AUGAUACGUCCUCCGCUCUACUGCCUGGCGUUCCUUGGUGGUCUAUCUCCGUGGGAUGGUCAACUAAAUGCAUAUAACGCACAAAAUCGGAUCAAAGAUCUCCUAAAUUCGAGUGUUCCUCAGCACAACCAUUCCAGUGUAGCUCUAUAUUAUGUAAAAGAUGGGAACUAUUCAGAUGAGCACGGGUUUCCUGAUACUCUGCCAGGAUUCCAAGAUACUACUCUGGUUACUAUCCAUGAUAAGCGACGUAACUAUUGUAAAUGUGCUGCCAUAGCAUCUCCGAAUUCGGUCUUUCGUGAACCGUUGCCGGGAGAGGCAAUCACUCUACCUAACCCAUCGGCCGCAACAGGGGAGUACCUGUUGGAUAGGGACCUUUUUACCAAAGUUGCAGAGCUGCGGACAUUUAUAGAGGACUUCGAGGUGAGCAGGGGCAAACGUUCACAACUGCGGCGCUUGGAACGUGAAAUGAACAAAGAGGGUGCCGAAAUUGUGCAGCUUACGGCGGAGGAAGCAGCACAAAUAGAGGAACGUAAAGAUGAAUACACGGACGAAUCUGAUGACGAGCCAAUUACCCCUAUAGACAUAAAUGAAAAAACGCUGGAACCGAUUUAUGACCAUCUCUACGAGGAGAACAUGCUGGAAGAAGUCUUGGGUAAGGCAUUCAGCGUCUAUCGCAAGGACCGGGAUUACGCCUCCGUCCAGAGGCUGGAAGAUAUCGCAGGGGAAAUGGCGCCAGUUGCUGAAAAGGUGCGCAAAGGACGCUCUGAAGAGAUAAUUGUGCGUCUGAUAAAUUGCUACCUGGAUGAUAAAGAGGACAUAAAUGACGUCCUAGAAGAGUUGCAGAAAAAGAAGCAGUUGAAUAAGUACCUAAUGCAGCGCCUCGAUGAACUUAUUAAACUCGCUGCACAGAAGUUCCGCGUGAGCGACAAACACCCGGCGGUAUCGGAACAUUUUCUGACCACUCUCAAAGAUAGAGUGGCCGCUCAAAUGAUCACCUCAGCCAGAGGAACGGACCGCUGGGUCAAGAUAUUAGCGGACUGUUUCAGGUAUGAUAACUGUGUGGACUACGAAGCUGUAUUGAAGAAGCAUCUCCGCAAAAUUGAAGACAUCGAAGAUUUUCGUGACUGGCUUUUGGAUGGUAUCAGUUAUUGCCGUAAAAAAGGAAGGAUGGAAAACCAGCUUGAAGCCAUGGAAAAUAUAGAGUCUAUUGUGGUGUCGUUGCAUCCCGUAUGGACACCAACGGACGAUCACGUAGAGACUGAAGCAAAGGCGUACGACCACCCUCUGAUGAUAGAAGAUGUGCUCUCAGAACAGUGA